GGUGACAUCUCCACAUGUUAGUUGGAUAUCUGACACGUAAAGCAUAAUCCCCAACGCAAACGGAGGCCUUUCAGAUUAAAUCGUAUUUAUAGUAUCCUGUUUCAGAUAAGACCAUGAUUGCUGGGCCUAUAUACUACAGAUUGACAGGGAUGGUAGUUUACUUCUGACAGAAGCUCUGCCACGGACAUAAACUUCAUAAUUUACUGUACAGACUACAGUGUAUUGUGUACACGACAGUCAAUUUAAAUGAGCCAAUGUUCGAAGGCUGAGCUUAGUUAUACAUUUUAAAGGUUUUUAGAACCCAGUGAUAUAUUCAAUAUGGCAUCACAGUCAAAGAAACCGCCAGACAAACUUGAAAAUCAAAAAAAGGAAAAGUCUGAUGCAAAUGAUGACAAAAACGGGACUCCGAAAAGGGAAAGCCAGCAAGGUUCCAAAACUACUACUGUAACAGUAGAAAUUCCCAGGUGGUUGUUUUUGGGAGUGUCAGCCUUUGUAUGCUUCAUGGCUAUUGUUGUGGGUAGUUAUUUUACUUAUGAUCGUGUGAUGAAGAAGACCCCUGAAGAUACUAACCAGUAUGAUGACGGUGGAGAUGUUCACAAGUUUUUCCAUCUUUAUGAUAAAAAUAAAGAUGGGUAUCUGUCAUUAUCUGAAUUUGAACCUCUAUUCCACAGACUUUUGGAAGCAAAUUUUUCUAACCCUGAACAAUAUUCACACCUUAUUGAUGAUGGUGAUGAAGUGAUUACAAUACACACACACUUUAUUCCUCUGAUGCUGGAGACCAUGACAAAGGAAAAAGACAUAGUUUUUGGUAGCACUGAUACAUUACAUGGGCUAAAGGCCUGGGUGACACCAGCCACAGAAAAUCUCAAUUUUGGUGCACGUCACUUUCACGAUUUUUUGCCAAACAAGAAAUCUCCUUUAGAAGUGGGCAAGGUUUAUUGGAUUGUGGAGCCUAAGGAAAAGUCACUGGGUUCAUCACUUUCCAGUCACCGCUACUAUCCUCCCAAGAUACAGGGACCUGGUGUUAUUAUCCACCGACUUCUUACCUUGUUUCAUCCUCAUCCUUUCAUCAUGUCGCGCUUUGCACCUCAAGGUUCCGUGGCCACUGUCAGAGCUUUUAAUGAUGAAUAUGUGGAAAUAGUUUUCAGAAUUCAUGCAGAAUUUCAGCUGAAUGAUCCCCCAUAUUACCCCAUGUGGUUCACUCCGGCCCAGUUUGCUGGUAGUAUCAUCAUGAAGAGAGACUCGUCCAGUGUUCUCAGUUUUAACAUGGCCGUUCCCACAGACAAGAAACUUAAUGUUGACAUGGAAUGGCUUGAUGGUCCGAAUGAAGAUGAGAACAUGGAGGUUGAUCUGGGUUAUCUCCCCCUGAUGGUCCUCAACAACUCGGCUCCAUCAAUAAAAGUCCCAACUGAUGAGCCCUUUCUAAAGGAAAUAGCACAUCCGUCUGACCCGGAACUUCUGAGUUUGAUUCAAAACAUCAAGUGGACUGAUGGAAUUAGUCAAGAAGAAGCAGUCAGAUUACUGGAAAUCAAAAUGUAUCCCUUUAAAAAUGUUCCAUAUUAUAACUUCUCAACAGCACUUGACAAGGCAGCUGAAGAAGACAAGUUGGUUCAUUCCAUUGUACUUUGGGGGGCCCUGGAUGAUCAGAGCUGCUGAGGUUCGGGGCGGACCAUUCGGGAAACCGUUCUCGAGAGUCCGCCCGUACUGGAACUGCUUGCGAAAAGGUUCAUCAGCACUUGGUCACUUGUCGUUGACCUGGAGGAGCUGAAGGCCGAUUCGUCAGCACCAUAUUCCAAACAGGCUGAGGGGUUUCUAAAUAUAUAUGAAUUCCCUGUUAUGAUGAUAAUUGCCUCGUCUAAUGGGACAGUAGUGCACAAGAUCAAUGCUAAUGAUUUUCUUGACCUCAAACCAUCACUCAUAGUAACAGGGUUUAGAGAUCCAGGCGGUUAUCUCUAUGAAGAAUUUCUCAAAAAAGGAAUACAAUUAGCAGAAGAAUAGAUAUAUAUGCUGUCAUGUCUAUAUUUAAUAUACAUGUAUAAUUAUUAUUAAUGUGAUACAUAGAUUUUUUAUUUCUUUUGAUAAAACAAGGUUAUGGGAUAUUAAUCACAUUCCUAUUGUCAAAAAUUAAGUAUGUAAAAUUAUUUUGACAUUUUGUAUCUAGCCAUUUGCCUUUGAGACAAUUUUAGAGAUCACUAUCUGUAUUUAUUUGUUUGUAAAGCAGGUUGACUUGACACAGGAUAAUUUAUUAGCUUGUAACGUUAUUUUGAGUUAUAUAAGUGAAACAUUUCAUCAGUUUUAAGUGUAAUAUAACUAGUAGUACCAUACUGUAUUAAAAAACAAAUCAAAAUCCAUCUCAAUUUUUAAAACUAUUUUUUGUUGUUCACUGAAUUCGAUUUUACAUUGUUAAUUCAAUCCAGUUGUUAUAAACAUUGCACAUUCUCGGUUUGCAUAUUUUUAUUUUAAGUUUACAGUUAUUCAUAACCACUGUAUAGCGGAUAGAGCAGUUGUAUUAAAUUAACUGACUCAGCUUUUUAAUACCUAUUCAUAUUUAUCUCUAAGUUUUCAUUCUUCAUGCAGGCAUAGAAAUAAGUUGAGAACAAUAAUUCAGGUUACCAUGUCAAAAAAGUUGAGAACAGUAGUUCGUUGUUCACAAAAUCUUAUUCAAUGAAAACUACACCACAUAAAUUUGUAACAUUUGAAUGUUAUUAAAAUAUUUUAAAAACACAUACAAGAACCAGUACAAAUAAAAUGAUGUGAAUGAAUAAAAACAUAUCGGUGAGUCUGUGAAGGGAUUUUACAGUAAUAACAAUGGGAACUGUAAACUUUAUAAACGUCGUAACCUAUACUAAGCCCAUAAUUUAUGGUAACCUCAGGGAACAUUUUGUUCAAAAUCUUGAUUAGCGAUAUUUCUAGUCAAUUGAAGAUUGAUUAAAAACUAUUGUUUUAAUGUUUUAAAAUUGUGUAGCGACCUCUGAAAGUUCCGUAUCGAAUCUUGAUGCAAUACAGAACAAAAUAUUGCCUGAACCUGUGCUUGGGUGACUACACACCCUGCUUAUUUCAAAGCCUGUUCAUGAUCGUUCUCAGUGUGUUGUGCUUAUGUUUUUUAUCUGUGACGGCUUGAAUACCUUUUACAUUUUCAAUGCUGCUUUUUAUCUAUAUACCUAUGCAUAAUAUUUGUUUCAUCAUUUACAGUAUUUAGCAUCAUCCUUUUUACCUUUGUAUAACCACAGGGUUACAAUACUAUUAUAUGGGAUAGAUCUAUAUAUAUUUUAUGGAAAACAGCAUAAUCUGGACUAUUGUUGUUUUGGUGUGUUAAUAUCAGUUAUGUUUGUGUUGAUGUCACUUCCUUUCCAGUGUUACAUAGGAUGACGACUGAAACUCAAAGUCACUAAUGACGAGUUUCAGUCUGAGAGAUUUGUGUCUCAUGGUUUUGUAAUGGUGCAUCAAUAUUAACCGUUUUGUUAUUAAUACACUUUUGUGUGUUUUACAUUUAUGUUACAGCAAAACAUACACUGUAUGUUUGAUAUUUUAUUUCAAAUUGCAGUUUUUAAUCACAGUGGACAUAAUGUCUUUACAUCAGUUUCAGUAAUCCUUGGAUCAACAUCUUAAAAUGUUUGUAACUUUAUGAAAAGGUAAGUUUUACUACAGCAUUGAAUUCAGAAUCACAUCGGGACAAGACAUAGCUCAGUUAUAAAGCACUUGCUUGAUGCGUGGUUGGUUUGGGAUCGAUCCCUGGGCCCAUUCGGCUCCUUGUUCCAGCCAGUGCACCACGACUGGUAUAUCAAAUACCAUGGUAUGUGCUAUCCUGUCUGUGGGAC